AUGAAGUUCCUCUCCGCCCUCAUCGCCCUAACCUCCCUCAUCGCCUCAGCAGCCUCACAAGAUGUCUCCGGCUCCACGGGCGCCAGCUGCAGCGGCACCUCCAUAACCCUCUCCAAAGUCGACGCGGCCGCCGAGCUGGCACUCGACCACCUCAACGCCGGCACACAGGUCGGCAGCAACAACUACCCGCACCAGUUCAACAACCGCGAGGGCUUUAAAUUCAACGCAGGGUGCAGCGCGCCGUUCUAUGAGUUCCCCGUGCUCUCGAGUGGGCUGUAUAGUGGUGGGAGCCCGGGCGCUGAUCGGGUCGUCAUUGGCUCGUGGGAUGGGACGAAUGCGGUUUUUUGUGAUGCGAUUACGCAUACUGGUGCGUCGGGCAAUAAUUUCUUGCAGUGCACUAAUACCUAG